AUGCUUGCAAAACAAGCGUUAACUAUUGGUAUCAAUGCCUAUGUUCCAGCAAACAUGGCUUUAGAGUCUUGUAUACAUGAUGCAAAAGAUGUGUCGAAUGCUUUGGCUUUGUUAGGUUUUCAAGCGUAUUGUGUUACUGAUGUUAGUUUUAAAUCGAUGAAUUCUGUAAUUUAUCAAUUUGUCGAUGCCAUCCAACCAGAUUCUAUUGUUGUCUUCUAUUUCUCUGGUCAUGGUGUUCAAUAUGAUGGUAAAAAUUAUUUAAUUCCAAAAAAUGGCCUUGGCACUUGGACAGGUAACGUUACAUCGAGAACAAUUGAUGUUCAACAGCUUAUAUAUAGUAUGCAUGCAAAGCAACCCCGAGUUGUCAUAUGUAUCCUUGAUUGUUGCCGAACGAAUCCAUCGACAGAACGGUGGAAUGCAAAUUCCAUAUACAGGACAAUUUUCGGUGGAACCAAAUUAGGUUUUGCAUCGAUGCAAGUGCCACCAUCAACUAUCAUAGCUUAUGCUUGUGCAGCAGAUGCUAUGGCUUCAUCUAUGUCAAGGAAUGGUCGAAACAGCCUCUAUACUUAUCAUUUACUUCGUCGUAUCAAAAUACCAAAUAUCGAUAUUAAGACUAUUUUGAAAUUUGUUGGUAUAGAUGUUCAAAACGAGUCAGAUUAUAAUCAAAUACCUUUUCAAUAUAGUAGUUGUAAUGAAACGAUCUACCUUGGAAUGAAUGCACCGUACAAGAGACUGAUAUCACCCUAUCUUAUGCAAAAACGACCUAUUAUCCAAUCAAGACAUAGACGACAAUCAAAACCACUUCCUACUCAAUAUUCAACAUCGCAACUCAAACACUUCAAUAAACAAUUGUAUAGUCAAUAUGGCAUGCUGAUGAACCAUCAUCAUUCACUUCCAAAAUAUCAUCCAUCACCCUAUAAGACACGAGUUUCUUCGCAGUACGAUCAUCGGUUUCUUCAAAAUGUACGGCAUCAUUAA